AUGGAUCCUCAUAUUAAACAACACCUAUACAUCUGUGAUAUUUGCCGUCGCCCACGCUCAAAGGAGUUUCAUCGUCGUUACCCUGCUGGUCAGGAUUACCCACGAACGCACUCUGUUUGUCUCCCACCAAAAAAGCAUUACCGGGAACUUAUGCAACGUACUGUACGAGCCAUGAAUGAUUUGUACCAGGCAGGAAAGGUCUUCUAUCAGGGUCUUUGCAGCCGCAAUGGCCUCUACAUUCAGGUUCAUCAUCAUCACUGGCAUCACAAUACUUUGUCGGAGGACGACUUGACUAAAGCUUACGGCAAGUUUGCGGAACGACCCCGAAGCCCAUCAUUCCAGGAAAAGCCUGUCACUAUCAGACAAAAGAAGCAACCCGCUUCAGAUAAUCAAGUUGCGCACGUGGCUGAGCUUACCGAUGGCCCAACACCAGCUCCCUAUGAGCUACCGGCGUAUCAGUCAUACGCUGAUGCUCCACCGGCGGUGUCACAGAAACCGGUGUUUCGUUUUCAGGUUUCAGAAGACGUUAGUUAG